AAAGUUAAUUUUUUUUGAAAUGCUGUCAAGGUAUAAUAAUAAUAAUAAUAAUAUUAAUGUAAAUUAUAGAAUUUAAUCCGCGGUUUGUUGAUUUCAUCUGUUUUAUACGUAAGUUAUUUAACUAUGCCGUUAGAUUUGAAUCAAAUACCAAUUAUCCCUGCCAAGACUGCUUUUAUUGGACACCUCAUGUUAAUUACCUGGGGUAUACAAGGACAUUGGAGUCCAGAUUCUUAUUUGUUUUACAAUAUUAUAUACUUGGGAAGUAUACUAUGGACAAUGCAUCAAACAGAAAAUGAAAAACCAGCGCAACUGGCUAUUUCUAUAAAUCUAGCGGCAGUAUUUCUAGAUAUUUUUACUAUUUAUUGUUAUUUUCCUUCUACAUUUUGGUUUACUGAGAUAUUUAGUGUUAUUUGUGCAAUGGGAAAUUUAGUUUUGCGUUUUGUAACUCUAUCAAUUCUUAGUAGAAUGUGUAUAGACAGCAGUAAUGGAACUUCUGAUGGUAUACCACCACCUUUACAAAAUUAUAUCAGUAGAGGAACUUCAAUUCCGCAAACAUAUGAAGACAUUGACCAACCUCCACAACAACAAGCACCGGGUAGCAAUGCCCCUUUUUUUACACCAUACCGUUAAAGACUACAAAAUUAUUUUAAUUUAUGAUUUUUACAUGUAAAUUAUAUUAAGAUGUUCUAAAGCUAUCGUUUAGUACAGGAAAACUUCUCAUUAUUAUGUUAUAACUUAAUAUUCUGUUUUAAAUUAAUUAUUUUACAAUAAAUCGUAAAUAAAUUA